UGGCGAGAUUGGUGGGGUCUGUCAGCGCCGUGACCUCCUUUCGCACGUGUUUUUACUCGCAUCUGCGUCGAAAUGACCGAAAAUAACGUAAUAAACGCGAAGUUACGCGUUUCGUCGGAAGUUCAGUUCCUUCCAUGAGUGGUGAUUGCCGAAGCACUCGCACGCCGGAACAACCUGGUCGACAUAUCAGAACACACCAAAGUUUUCACGCGUUCGUAGAACGCUGAUGCCGAGUGGUUCUGAGGAAGCGAAGCUUGAAAGCAUCUAUUUAAACGACGAAGCGUGCGCUCUUGGGUGCGACGGCCUGAAGCUCCAACCCUUGCCUUCUGCGGGCACUAGCUAGCGCUUAGCUGCACAAUGUUCGGAGUCCGUCUGCUAGUGGAACUCGUCAUCGCCUUGCUACUGAACCUGACGGGGGCUCAUCCGAUAUGCUACUCAAGAGAGGGCCCCAGCCAUUGUUAUUACUUCUGCGAAGCUUUCACAAGCACUCAGGACUUCCUCAGGAUAGACCGCUACCGUGCGCAGAAUUGCACGUACUUCGUUCUCAAGGACAGUUCCUUGGAACGCUUGCCUUCGAAUGCUUUUGUCGGCACUAGCAUUUCCGUGCUGCAUUUCAUGAACGUCACUGUAGGCGCAUACGGCGAUCGACAGGGGAUCGCUCCGAGUCCGUUCGAUGCCCUCAAGGACUCACUGUGCAAGCUGAUCUUCAGCGACCAACCGAAGGCCCUCGAGUCUUGGAACCUGCUACGUGGGCUCAAGAGACUGGAAACACUCCUGCUGCUGCACGUGAAAAAGGUCAACCUGACGGCUGAUUUCAACCAUCUGCCGCCAAGCGUGAAAGAGAUCCAGGUUCUGGGAGCGCACGUAGAUCAAGUCGAUCAAGACUGGCUGGCCGAGCUGCAUGGGCUAAACGCCGUCGCGGUCAAAGAGACGAACCUGGAGAGCGUAUCGAGGUCCAUGUUGCCCAGGCCUGCACCAAAGCUGAUGAUCCUCGACUUCGCGGACAACCGUCUCACAUCGCUGCCUAAGGACCUCACCACCGAUAUGCCUGCACUGCGAGAGUUGGACGUCGGCUACAAUGAGAUCACCACGCUACAUGAAAGCACCUUGGCGCCGCUGAAGAGAAAUCGAGGGCUCGUCAGAAUGAUCGGAAACCCGUUGACAUGCGACUGUCGGCUGGCGUUCCUCCUCACGUACCCGAAGAAGUGGAACUACUACCCAUGUGCCAAGCCGCUGUCUUUGGCGACCAGGUCCAUCCAGUCCCUCACGGAAGCGGAGCUAUGCAAUGAAACCAGUGAUCGUGACGUGAGCAACGCCGUCUAAACAGAGGAGCUCUGAGCCCUGCCAUCACAUAGCGGAUCGGCAACUUUUGCCAUCAGUGGCGACGGCGAGCAGCAGCGCUUAUCUAGAUCUUCAAGCUUGCCAAGCCUGAUUAGACAGUGGUGAAGUCAGUCCACGUAUUCAACGUUGCAGCCGUAGAGUUUCUUAUAAUUACCGAGAGAGAAAAGGGGGCGGCGCUGCAGUGCUGGUUCUUGCAUGGAAGUUUACAGAUGCGGAGGCUUCGGAAUGUUACUUUUCUCUCAGCGCCAGGACUCCUUGAGGACAUGUCUGGCGACAACUGCUCCUUCUGUUACAGUAGUCUGGUCUCUACUGAAGCAGAGUGUAAGAUGCAACUUAACCUUUCAUAAAGUCUAGGAAGUGCUUUCGUUAAGACACGCACUCAAGACGGGGUGUACAAUAAUGUCGAACGUAAAUGGUACCACCGUAUAGGAUCGCUAAAGUUCUAGGAAAGACGCGAAGGUACGACGCUCACAGUGCGACCAUUUCCAUUGUAUGUUUCUGUUUUCUUCGAUUACUUGUUAUGCUGUGUAUCAGCAAACUAUAGUGGAAGGUGCAUUGUAGCAGUGCUAAAGCUUGUUGGGAACACGUAAUUCCAAAGAAGAGUUAUGGCUUUAUUAAUGCUGCCGUACACCGCUGCCGUGUACGGCUAUUAGUGCUGCCGCCAUAACCAUAUUUUAGGCCAAGCCAGUUAUAGCACAGCCGUCUCGGCGUAUUACUGUUUCUUUUGUCGUCCAACCAUCGGGUUUUAGGAAGGGAUUGUCUUGCGAUACCCAGUUAUUAAAAUUCACAACUGACUAAUACAACAUUCCAUCAUGAAUAACAAGCAAAUUGACUGCAUAUCUUUAGGUUUUGCCAAAGGCAUUUGACCGGGUAGAUCAUUCUCGCCUCAUAUCAAAGUUAUCUGCCCCUUGAGUCGACUCUUUAACAUUGUCUUGGUUGAGAAUUUUUUUUGUGCCUUCGCCGCCAGGUUACAUCAGUAAAUAGCUUGGCCUCACCCCUUUCAGACGUAACUUCGGGUGUCAUCCAGGAGAGUGCCCUAGGCCCUCUCCUGUUUUAAUCUAACAUUAACGAGCUGCCCGCCAACAUUUCAUCAUCCGUGGGACUAUUCGCUGAUGGCUGCGUAGUUUAUCGAACCGUUAAUACUUCCGAUGAUCACCUGGCCCUGUACCAUGAUCUUGAUCUUCUCCAUCAGUAGCGUGUUAAAUGGCGAAUGUCACUAGACACCUACAGACGUCAAGUUAUUACCAUUAUUUAGGCGCAAGAAACUAACCUCUGAUUUCGCCUACGCCAUAAAAACUGCUCCAGUUCCUCGUGUUCCUUACUGUGCUGUUCACCUUACUUCUAACCUAUCGUGGUCCACUCAUAUUACACGCAUAACCGUGAAAGCUAUGAACACUCUAGGAUUCCUGCGCCCCAACUUGUGCAGUUGCCCAUCUGACGUUCGAAAGCUUGCUCACUUGUCUUUUCGCCCGCAGCUUGAUUAUGCCUGGUUCAUUUGGUCGCCGCAUCACGAAUAUUUAAUUCCCGCUGUUGAGUGAGUGCAGAAACCGUGCAGCUCCGUUCAUAGCGCGCAAGAAACGAUCGACACUCCAGCACAGUAAAAUUAAACACAACAUAUCCUUUAAGCCUUUAGAAAUGCAUCGUUAUUCUCUUGCCAUAUUGUGUCUUUUUCAUAAGUAUAUCAGUAACUCAGGGUCAUUUAUUCACCCGUUACAAACACCCUCGCGCAUGUCUAGCCGGCUUCACAAUCACUUGAAGUUGUAGUCGCAAAUCGGGGGUCGCACUCGCUACACCGCGCUACAUGAAAGCACCUUGUCGCCGCUGAAGAGAAACCGAGGUCUCGUCAGAAUGAUCGGUGAGAUGUGUCGAAUCCUUUCACAUUGUUGACUGGCACGAGCAGGCCGCUCCUGUGUUUUCGCGGCCGUACAAUGAGCAUAGCCCGUUGCGUACCAUUGUUGAGACGAAAGCAGAACUAUUCGCAAUACGGCGGUAGCGGAUUACAUUCUCACAUGAGGGUUCGCCUACAUAAUAAUUAAAAAAAAUCAGCAUGUUUGCUAUAACAGGGCAGAUCACUCGGCAUGCUUUCUCGUGAGAUCAGUAAAUAGCUUGGCCUCACCCCUUUCAGACGUAACUUCGGGUGUCAUCCAGGAGAGUGUCCUAGGCCCUCUCAUGGCGCAUUUUGCUCCUCCUGCCUGGGCCUGAUGAAGACCAGCCAGUAUUGUAUAAAUAAAAAUAAUAAAAAAUAUAAUCUGGGCAACAACCAUGGUUCUUCUGCAGCAUAAUUAUCCGGAAGAGCCUCCACUUUCGUCUGUCUAUCUCUAUACUUAUACCUGGUGUAGGGUUCUUGGCGGUCAUUAAGGUCGGAGCCCUGCCUGCAUGGUGCAACGACUGUUGUUCUCCCUCGUAUAGUAGUCGGACGGAACGAAUAUUCGACAACUUCCAAUAGUGAUUUCUCGUAUCCAAUACGAAUCGAAUAGCAAAGACUAUUCAAUUCGUAUGAAAAAUUUUGAAUAUUCGCACACCCUAAUUGAUAAGCGAUCCUUAAUCGAGUAAGGGAAAGAAAAGCGUGUUUAUGAAUUCGCUUAAACGCGCUUUAACGGACCAAGGCAGUGUAAUCCCACGUUAUUGUGAAGAACACAAUUGUCUCUCGCCUGUAAAAAAGGAGCACGAAAGAGAGAGAUUUAAAGAUAGUGAGAAAGAGGGAGAGAUAAGGAGUAAGAAAGAAGUGAAGGUAAAGUUGCCCCGUACACAGCAAGGAAUAUGAGCGCUAGUUCUGAAAGCUACAAGGUAACGCUUGAAGUCGGCUAACACGAAACUGUUUAGACAACAAAUGUAUAUACAAACUUAAAGCUUGAUUAUCUGAAAGUGACUCGUGCAAGUAAACGUUC